CACUCGUCGAUCCACUUCCCCAAAAAUAAUUAAAGCUUUGGAUUCAGUUACCAAAGAUACACCACUUCGUCCAACCGCCCAUCUCUGGCCACUUGAUAAACUCUUCAUCUUCUCGGCCACUAUGGUUAAAACCAGAGGUGGUUUUGCCCCCACCGUGCUUCAAUGUUCUGGCCGUAACAAAAGCUCUCAAAAGACCUCUCCCUCCUCACCAGUUCACAUUAAUCUCGAACUCGUCCCUCCAAUCAUGGACGCGAGCGCUAACAACUCCAUAGCCGCUAAAUUUGAAUCCAAAUCACUGCCUACAGAGGUCAACAACCCGUCAUCUUCUCAGGGGGGUCUAAAUGGGAAUGGAAGCUCCUCUCCAACUGAGACCCAUGCAUCACCACCAACCACACGCCAACUAGACCAGAUGCUCAAGAUAACGCAAGGCACUGCCCAAAAAGUUCACACAGAAAAGGGAUAUUGCGAUGUGAAUCAUCCCCGACAAAGAGGCCGUCAAACAAUAUCCCAAGAUGGGGAAGAUAGCUGAUGAGGAUGCCGCGACACUCAAAGAGGCCUACUUGAAAUGAUGGUUUGUCAAGGCGUUGGAUCGAGUUUCAUUGCAUUUGGAGUUAAUUUGAAGAGGUUAGAGUCCGACAAUCGGCGCUUGAGAGGCAUUCGGGAAAGAUUUGAAGGCAUUCGAGAGAGAUUUGGAUCCCACCGGGAGAUUAACGACGAAAUUCUGGUGAAGAAAGAGCAUUUGGAUCGACCUCGUAGGCAUUCGGGUGCAUUUGGAACGAGAAACGGAGGAAAAAGUGAAGAAUAGGGUCAGGCACGGCGUGCCUGACUCCAGGCACGACCGUGCCUGAAGAAGAAUUAUCCUGGGAGCUACUGGAG